AUGUUAAGUCGCCUAAUGAGCGGAAGCAACCGCAGUCUGGAUCUCCCGUGUGUGUGCACCGUGAGGCUGCUGGACGACUCGGAGUAUACGUGUAACGUGCAGAGAGAUGCAAAGGGCCAGCAGCUGUUUGACCUCCUCUGCCACCACUUGAAUCUGCUGGAGAAAGAUUACUUUGGAAUCCGAUAUGUAGAUCCCGACAAGCAGAGGCAUUGGCUGGAGUUUACUAAAGGGAUUGCCAAACAAAUGAGAGCUCGCUCUCCCUUAAUCCUCUGCUUUCGGGUGAAGUUCUAUCCUCCAGAUCCAGCAGCUCUGAAGGAAGAAAUUACCAGGUAUCUGGUCUUCUUACAAGUAAAGAGGGAUUUAUACCAUGGCCGACUGCUUUGUAAGACCUCUGACGCUGCUUUGCUGGCAGCCUACAUAUUACAGGCUGAAAUUGGGGAUUAUGACCCUGGGAAACAUCCAGAGGGUUAUAGUUCCAAGUUCCAGUUCCUCCCUAAACACUCAGAAAAGCUGGAAAGACGGAUUGCUGAGAUUCACCGGAAUGAGCUCAGUGGCCUGUCGCCUGCACAAGCAGAGCUAAGUUUUCUGAGGAAAGCUCAGACUCUGGAGACGUACGGAGUGGAUCCUCAUCCGUGUAAGGAUGUCUCUGGGAACUCUGCAUUUUUGGCAUUUACUCCUUUCGGCUUUAUCGUGUUGCAGGGAAAUAAGAGGGUUCACUUUAUAAAAUGGAGUGAUGCCACAAAAAUGAAAUUUGAAGGAAAAACUUUUCAUUUAUAUGUGAGAGAGAAGGAGGAAAAGCGCUUGGUGUUGACGUUCUUGGCACCCACUCCAGAGGCCUGCAAACACCUGUGGAAAUGUGGAGUGGAGAACCAAUCUUUCUACAAACUUGAAAACUCCAACCAGGUCCGCACGGUUUCUAGCAGUAACUUGUUCUUUAAGGGGAGCCGCUUUCGAUACAGUGGUCGAGUUGCUAAAGAAGUAAUGGAAUCAAGUGCCAAAAUCAAGAGGGAGCCUCCUGAAAUUCACAGAUCGGGGAUGGUGCCCAGUCGUAGUUGUCCCUCAAUUAGCCAUGGACUGAGGUUAAGCAGUGUUCCUCGGACACGAAGGCGCGCUGUUCACAUAUCCAUCAUGGAGGGUCUGGAGUCUCUACGAGACAGCACCCACUCUACUCCCAUGUGUUCCUCUGACAGCCUUGAUGCUUUAUCUCCGUGCACCUCCCGGGAGACCGUGAUCAGUGAUGAGGCUUACACUCCUUGUUCCAGCAUCCUCCCCACUCCUGUGUGUGAAUCUAACCUUGAUUUAUUCAUUGGGCAGCAGGUGAAUGGGACAACCUGUACAACCCAAGAUGAGGAGAGUGACAUGGAUGUUCCCAGCAUUCCUGACCUGGAAAUACCUCCACCAGCUUUGCCUGGGCCAGAGAGAGCAUGUCAGAGGGAACCUGAACCUGAGCAGGCAAAUAAGUUUCUACAAAGUGUUCUGCGGUUGCUUGCAGUCACUCUGUGCCUGCUCUUUGCAUUACUGUUGUUGCUGGUUAUAUUGGCAGAGUCUGACCUGGAGUUGGCAUUUUUGAGGGACAUCAGGUUGACCCCUGAAUUCCAGCAGUUUCAUUAUCAAUACUUCUGCCCUCUGCGCCGAUGGGUAUCAUGCAAACUACAUCCUCUCAUUCGCCUCAUUGACUCUUGAUGUGCAGUGACCCUCCUUGACUGUGAGGAGUGAUGUCUUCCAGUGUCCUCCCUUUCUCACCCCGUUUUGUGUCACAAACCCUUCAUUGCACAAAGGUUGUGCAGUAAACCUUUGGUUAGGGUUGUCCAGUGUGAAUGGGUGGAUGAAAAUAAGAGAGGUGGAGGGUACCCCAAAACAUUGCAUGGGGGUUCUGUAGCCACUUUAAGCUCUGUAAUGUCACACCCAUGUAUCCUAUACAUGGGUCUAGCAGAAUCAUGUUUCUUCAAUUCCGGAAAGCAAGCUAGGAUUUCUUUUCCACACUCAAGCCCCCUGACUCUACACACAGGCCAAGAAUGGAUGCUUUAUGGCAGGUAUACUACCCUUACUUAUUGUUUAAUUCCAAUUUCCAACAUGACCUAAGCCGCUUCUCUAUAGAUACAAUGGUCUAUGGUCUGCAAUAAGAACAUUUACUAAGCAAGGUAUGGCCAAAUUCUGGCUUAAAUUACACUAUAGUGGCGUAUAUGCAGUGCACUAAACUUAUGUCUUUUAGACACAUUUUAUGCCUCACUAAUCGGUUUAGGAAAGAAGCUAAGAGGAGUUGUAAAAAUGUGCCAGAUUUAUUAAUGGCGUGCUCGAUUAUUUUGGCACAAAAUGUUAAUGUAUGUCAGCUGACAGGUGGCCUAAGGGCUGUUGCACACGAGCAAGUCCAUUGCCAGAAUCAUACUUCGUGUGUGUGUGAGAUCCUCAGUUCUGGACUUGCAGGGGUGCAUGGCAUUAUAAUGAUUAUUAAUGCUGUGUGCCCCUGCAUUACCUUACUUCUACAGGAUCAUAGCUUUAUUUCACUAUGAUCCUGUAGAGGUAAGGUCAAGCAGAGGAACACAGCAUUAAAAAU